UCGAGCCAUCAAGUCGUACGGAUCCGACUGGGAGAGAGACAAAGAAACUGGUCGAAUGGGUAACAAAGUGGUCACUUUCACCGAUCAGCAGCUGGAGGACUAUCAGGAUUGUACAUUUUUUACUCGGAAAGAGAUCUUGAGGGUGCAUAAACGCUUUCGAGAGGCAAGCCCCGAGCUGGUCCCGUUGGUGAUGACCGAGGGGCAAGCCACCUCCAUACGGGUUCCGAGCGAACGGAUCGGCAGGUUACCGGAGCUGGUGGAAAACCCUUUCAAGGGUCGAAUGUGUCAGGCGUUCUCACGUGAUCGGGACGGAAAUUUAACGUUCGAGGAUUUUCUAGAUCUGCUGUCGGUAUUUAGCGAACAAGCACCGCGAGAUAUUAAGGUCUUUUAUGCUUUUAAAAUUUAUGAUUACGACAAUGACGGUUUCAUCGGCCAGUCAGACCUGCUGGAAGUCAUCACCGCGCUGACCCGCAACGAGCUAACGGUGGAAGAGCACCAGCAGAUCGUCGACAAUGUCAUCGAGGAGGCGGAUGUCGAUGGCGACGGUAAACUGUCCUAUUUGGAGUUUGAGCACGUGAUUACCAGAGCACCGGAUUUCAUGUCCACGUUUCACAUACGAAUUUAAAUGAAGCGCGCUCGCGCGAUUCGAGCGCUAGUGGUGGAAAUGAAUGGAAUUAGUGCGUACCGGUGAAGGAUGCUCUCUAGUGGAAUUGCUGCAGAAAUUGUUUUGGCUUUCGUACAGUAGCGAGGGCAACAACCAUCCCGUAUAACACUUUGUAUGUUAGCGAGGAAUCGCAUACAAUGUGCAAUUGGCGCAACAAAAAAAUAGAGAAAAAACUGUUGGUUUCGUUGAUAAGGGGACCUUAUAAAAAUUAGAUUUUUGAGAAACCAAAUGCAUUACCAUUUAUUUUGAACGAAAGAAGAGUUUGAACAAAUUAAUAAGUAAUAACAAGACAUGAUAGGACAUUAUAAAACAGCAGUGACACAGCAAGGAGAAAUCGUUUGAGUUAACCAAAAUGGAUUGUCCCACACACCGAAAAGACACCGGCUGUCUUCAAGUAUACCAUUAUGCCCGCAUAAUUGGCACGUCCUAAAAGGUAA